AUGAGCAAAGAAGAGACGUUCUCGACGAAAACGCUGGCUUCUGUACUGUACGGCCGUACAAUAGCACCACAUCAGUCGGCCAUAUUCUCCACCGCCACCAAGCUCUACCCUAACUUCUAUCCUUUAAAUUGUUUUCUUCAAAGACGACAACAAGGCCGUUGCGUCUCGAUAUAUCGACGCUUUCCGAUAUUUAAGGACACUUAA